AUGUUUAAGAGUGUGGAAAAACUUAUAGAAUUAUUGCGAGGCCAAGAAGAUCUAUAUCUCGACGAGAAUGAUUUGAAUAUACUUUUGCAGAAAAAGGUCACGCAAGACAUGUUAAAUUGCAUAUCCAAAUUACUUUUACAUCCAUCGUUGACUCUUUCAAUCUCAGAAAUAUUUCGCCCUAUUUUAAUUGAUCUUGUUUCUCGUUGGUUACAUUCAAAUAUUUAUGAAAGUGCAGAUAGUGCAACCUUUCAAAUGGAAAGAGUUGCCCUUGCAAUUAGCAAAUUACUUCCGACAUCACCACAAUUAAUAGAUAUAGCGGUCACUUUCUUUUCACAAUCACCAUCUCUUCUUUCAAGAUUUGAUUCAUUCAAUCAAAGUAAUAUCGCCGAUGAAAAUAAAAGAAAAGAUUUAAAAUGUCUUUUGAUAAUAGCCUAUCGGUUUCUAAGAUUUUCUAGAGAUACAUUUUCAAAUCUAUGGAAUUGGUCAUCACUUUUUCAAUUGUUAGUACAUCCCGAUAAAUCUAUUCGAUACCUUACAGUUAGUUGUUUAAGUAUUGUUUUUAACAUGAGUGAUUUUCAUAAGGAAAAUUCAUAUUUAAUAUGGGUUGAGUCAGAUUUAUCUGAUUCAACUGUUAAUAUUUCCGGAGUUUUGUUGCCAAUAUCUAUACAAUCAAUCAAUUUGGAUCAUUAUAAGAACAAGCAACGUCUCAUAAUAACAGACACAACUCAAAAAAAUUUGAAUGCAAUAUGUUUGGCUAUUUCCAUGCGAUCACCAGUGUUGCUUGAAGGUGUUACUGGUUCUGGAAAAACGACGUUGGUCGAAGAAAUUGCAAUAGCAACAGGUCACUAUGAAGAUUUUCUGAAAAUUCACGUUGGAGAUCAAACUGAUUCAAAAGUACUUUUAGGUACUUACGUGUCUACAUCUACACCGGCUUUGUUUAAUUGGCAACCUGGUGUUUUGACAAAUGCUGUGCGAGAAGGUCGUUGGGUUUUAAUCGAGGACAUUGAUCUUGCACCACCGGAUGUUAUAUCAAUUUUGUUACCUUUGCUUGAAACUAAUCAUCUUUUUAUCCCUAGUAGAGGUGAAAGAAUCAAAGCAAAGCAAGGGUUUCAAUUAUUUGCAACAAAAAGAUUGUUGCCUGAGAGAGAAAAUAAUCACACAAAAGAUAAAAAUUUUAGUAGUACUUUAUGGAAUAAAAUCAAAAUCCAUCCACUAAGUUCAGAUGAAUUAGCUCAUGUAAUCGAAAAAAGAUUUCCUCGUUUAUGUGAGCUAGUGUCUGAAUUAAUGAAUGUUUAUAAAACUUUAAUAUCUAUCUAUCAAGAUUCAACACUAUUUUCAUUAAAUGUCGCUAGAUAUAUUUCACCGCGAGAUUUAAUGAAAUGGUUAAGAGAAGAAAUUUUUAAUGAGGCGGCAGAUUGUUUUUGUGCAAUGUUACCAUGUUAUUCUGUUUGGAUACAUGUCUUGAAACUUCUCGGGGAAGCUAUAGGAAUAACCAAUCAAUGGGUUGAACAUAAAAUAAAUUCAUUUACACCCAACAUAAGAAUUUCCGAUAAUUCUAUCACAAUAGGUAGAGCCCAACUGUCUCUAAUGAAGAAAAAGAAAGAUAUUAAGAGUGACGUGAUUGGUAUGCGAAAAAAUCCUUUCGCUAAAACUGGUCACGCACUAAGACUUUUAGAGCAAAUUUCUGUUUGUGUUCAACUUUGUGAGCCAGUUUUGUUAGUCGGAGAAACCGGUACAGGUAAAACAUCAAUGGUUCAACAUUUGGCGGAUAUCUUGAAUCAGAAUCUCGUAGUUGUGAAUUUAUCCCAACAUAGUGAUAGUAGUGAUUUAUUGGGUGGAUUUAAACCUGUUGAUGCUAAAUUCUUAGCAGCCCCCCUGAAAGAAGAUUUCGAUAAACUGUUUGAAAAAACCUUUUCAAUGCGUCGUAAUACCCAUUUCUUGAAAUCUGUAUAUAAAAUGUAUACUGAAAAAAAAUAUAAUAAAUUCAUUACACUUUUAAAACAAGCUAUUAAUUUAGCAGAGCAAAAGUUUAAUCCAGAACAAAUUCAACAUUUAGAAAGAGAUUUUAUUAAUAAUGAAGAAGAUAAAGAGGUAGACAAUCAGCAGAAUACUGCUCGAAAGUCUGCUAACCCAGAAUUACGUAAUCGUUGGAAAUUAUUUGAAAAGUCUGUCAAAGAAUUUGAAAUCCAACAAGAACAAGUACGGAAUAAAUUUGUUUUUACUUUUGUUGAAGGAAUUUUAGUUAAGGCAGUUACCAAAGGAGAAUGGAUCCUUUUAGAUGAGAUCAAUUUGGCAUCUACAGAAACAUUAGAAUGUUUAAGUAGUUUGCUUCAAGAUUCUGAAGGUUCAUUAUUGUUAACUGAAAAAGGUGAUUCUAAACCUGUUAAACGUCAUCCAAAUUUUCGUAUCUUUGCAUGUAUGAAUCCAGCCACUGAUGUGGGUAAGCGUGAUUUACCUCCCGGAUUACGAAGCCGAUUUUCUGAAUUUUACGUACAUCCUUCAGACAAUAAUAGGGAUCAUUUAUUAGCUAUUACGAAACAAUAUUUGGCUGGUUACGUUCACGGAGAUGAUCGAGCCCGUUCUGAUAUUGUUGAAUUUUACUUAUCAGUAAAAGAUUUGGUGAGGCAACAUAAGCUUGUUGAUGGUUCUAAUCAAAAGCCACAUUUUAGCAUGAGAACUUUGACGCGUGCAUUAUGUUUUGUCUCUCAGAUCUCGCCAACUUAUGGGCUUAGGCGUUCAAUGUAUGAAGGCUUUUGUAUGACUUUUAUGACACAAUUGAACAAAGAAGGCGAAUUAAUAAUGCAAGAUUUAUUACAAAAACAUUUGUUGAGUACUAUAAAAAAUCCAAAAUCAUUUUUGAAACAAAUUCCAAGAAAACCUUCAGAUAAACAUAUUCAAUUUGGACAAUUUUGGCUUAAAAUGGGUGAAUAUUCAUCUAAAGAAAUUUCUAAUUAUAUAAUAACACCUUCUGUUAAGAAAAAUUUAGAAAAUCUUUCAAGAGUUGCCGUGAGCAAUAAAUUUCCAGUUUUACUUCAAGGUCCUACUUCUGCUGGAAAAACUAGUAUAAUUCAUUAUUUAGCCCAAUUUACGGGACAUCGUUUCGUAAGGAUCAAUAAUCAUGAACAUACGGAUCUUCAGGAGUAUUUGGGUUCUUAUGUAUCAAAUCCUGAAGGAAAACUGGAAUUCCAAGAAGGAAUACUUGUUAAAUCUUUAAGAAAUGGGUAUUGGCUUGUUUUAGAUGAAUUAAAUUUGGCACCUACCGAUGUAUUGGAGGCUUUAAAUAGACUUUUGGAUGAUAACAGAGAACUGUUGAUCCCAGAAACUCAAGAAGUUAUAAAGCCUCACCCAGAUUUUAUGCUUUUUGCAACUCAGAAUCCACCUGGAUUGUAUGCUGGACGUAAAGUUCUUUCACGUGCAUUUCGCAAUAGAUUUAUAGAGUUGCAUUUUAAUGAUAUCCCUGGUAAUGAAUUAGAAACCAUUUUGUCAGAAAGAUGUAAGAUCGCUCCCUCUUAUUGUAAACGAUUAAUUCAAGUAUAUAAACAAUUGAUGGAAAGACGUCAAGGUACUCGUGUAUUUGAGCAAAAACAUGGAUUUAUCACUUUAAGAGAUUUGUUCCGUUGGGCUGAAAGAGGUGCUAUUGGAUAUCAAGAGUUAGCAGAACAUGGCUAUAUGAUUCUUGCCGAAAGAGUUAGAAAACAAGAUGAAAAAUUGAUUGUCAAACAAGUUUUGGAAAAUGUGAUGAAAGUUACUAUCGAUGAAAAUAAAAUGUAUGAUUGUUCUCGACUUGUAGAAUUUCAAAAAUGCCCACAAAAUGAUAUUGUAUGGACGAAAGCUAUGAAGCGAUUAUUUACUCUUGUUGUUCAAUGUCUAAGGUUUAAUGAGCCUGUUUUAUUAGUUGGCGAUACUGGAAGUGGCAAAACAACAGUAUGUCAAAUAUUAGCAAAAUCUAAAGAAAAGGAAUUGAUAAUUGUAAAUUGUCAUCACAGUACCGAGACAGCAGAUUUACUUGGUGGACAACGACCAUUAAGGAAUAGAGGGUCUUUAAGUGCAGAACUCAAGCGUGAUUUAAUAAGAUAUUUAGGAAAAUAUGAUUUAUCAAAUUGCCAAAACUUGGAAGAAUUAGAUUUAUAUAGAUUGAUUGAACUUUUUAAUCAUUUCUUCAACAAAUCUAAAGCAAUCUUAUCUUCAAAUCUGACUGAAAACAAUGAAUUAAUUUCAUUAUCAUUACGCUGUAAACAUGUAAGCACUCUGUUUGAAUGGCAUGAUGGACCGCUAAUUCAGGCCAUGAAAAAUGGUUCACUCUUUUUACUUGAUGAAAUAUCCUUGGCUGAUGACUCUGUGAUCGAACGUCUUAAUAGUGUACUAGAACCUCAUCGAAUUUUGGUAUUACCGGAAAAGGGAGGUGAACAUAUUAAUGAGUUGGUUGCCAAAGAAGGAUUUCAAUUUUUGGCUACUAUGAAUCCUGGUGGAGAUUAUGGAAAAAAAGAAUUAUCUCCUGCGUUAAGAAAUCGGUUCACGGAAAUAUGGGUUCCUACUGUAACUGAUCAUGAUGAUUUAUUACAAAUUAUUGAUGCAAAUUUGAUCAAUUUUACAUUAAAAGGUUACGGUCGUAAAAUGCUAGAUUUCAUUGAUUGGUUUACCCAUAUGUUUAGAAUUCAACACAUGAUCAUAAGCAUCCGUGACAUUUUAUCAUGGGUUCAAUUUAUGAAUGAUACCGUUGAUCAACUUGGAGCAAAAGAAGCAUUUAUACAUGGUGGAAGCCUUAUGUUCUUAGACGGGUUUGGAUCGAGUGCAACGUCACUGGCUUUUGUGACAAGACAAUCACUAGAAGACAUUAGGAUAAAAUGCUUAAAUAAGCUGAAAGAAUUAAUUGAGGAAGGAGACAUGAUUGAAGAUGAUGUCAAUCUUCCUAAUGUUCGUUCCAUCGAAACACAUUUCGGUAUUCAUCCUUUCUUUAUACUCAGAGGACCGCUUGGAGUACAAGAUAUUUCUUUCAACCUUCAAACACCAAUAACUGCAGAGAAUUGUUUCCGAAUUCUUCGUGCAAUGCAAGUUCGAAAAUCUAUUUUAUUAGAGGGUAGCCCUGGUGUUGGUAAGACCAGCUUGAUUACUGCAUUAGCAAAUGCAUCAGGUAAUAAGCUUGUACGAAUAAAUUUAUCUGAUCAAACAGAUUUGAUGGAUUUGUUUGGCUCGGAUCUUCCCGUGGAGGGAGGCCUUAGUGGAGAAUUUGCCUGGCGAGACGCACCUUUUUUGAAAGCUAUGCAAAAUGGAGAGUGGGUGCUCUUAGAUGAACUUAAUCUUGCUUCACAGUCAGUAUUGGAGGGACUCAACUCUUGUUUGGAUCAUCGUGGCGCUGUAUAUAUUCCUGAGUUGGAUAAAGAAUUUUAUUGUGCGCCAGGAUUUCGUGUAUUCGGUGCCCAGAACCCUGCUCACCAAGGAGGUGGAAGGAAAGGUUUGCCUAAAUCAUUCAUAAACCGUUUCACACAAGUCUAUAUUGAGCAACUUACAAAGAUGGAUAUGUUAUACAUUUGUAAGAACACCUUUUCUCAAAUAAGCGAGGAAAUUUUGGAAAAAAUGCUUGAAUUUAAUUCUAGAAUAUACGAAGAUAUCAUGAUAAAUUGUCUUUAUGGUCGAAAUGGAGCUCCAUGGGAAUUUAAUUUGCGUGAUGUAUUUCGUUGGCUUGAACUUCUUAAUAAAGAUUUUGAACGCGGUAUCUGUUCUUCACCUGAUCAGUACUUGGAUCUCGUCUAUCUUCUCAGAAUGAGAACGAGUCAUGAUAGAGAACGUAUAAUUUCCACUUUCAACGAGAUAUUCAAUCAAAAUUUCAGUUACCCAAAUAAUCCAUCAUAUUACGUAACUCCUAAUUAUUUGCAAGUUGGUUAUUCAAUUCUAGGUCGUCAUAAUUCUGGUUCGUGCCAAACCUCAAUAAAAUCGUUACAUAUACUGCAAUCUCAUCUUUUCCCCUUACAAUCUUUAAUGAAAUGCGUGGAACUAAAUUGGAUGGUUAUAUUAACAGGGACCGAGUCAACUGGGAAGACAAGUUUAGUGAGAUUAUUGGCAGACCUUACAGGACAUAAAUUAGAAGAAUUCUCAAUGAAUAGUUCCAUAGAUACUAUAGAAUUGUUAGGAGGAUUUGAACAGGUUGAUUUAUCAAGGCAUCGUCAAUUUAUAAUAAACGAAUUGCUAGAUUUAACUAAUGAUGUAUCAAAGUUACUUUUAACAAAUUUUCAAAUUGAACAUAAUAAUUCCUUUGAAAAAGACGAUGUCUUACAAAUCAUUACGCAAUUAAAUCAUUUAAUUUUCACAUUAAGAAAUCAUCAUAAAUUCAAUAAUUGUUCUAAUUCAUCAGUUAUUGAUUUUGACUUAACUAAUCAAUUAUUAAAAAUGAUUGAUCAAACAAUUUGUCAUUUUAAAUUACCAUUGAAAGAUUCCUUGCAAUCAUUAUCAAAAAAAAUUACAGAAUUUAGAUAUAUAGAAAACGAGACUACCGCGGGACGUUUUGAAUGGGUUGAUGGGGUGUUAAUCAAUGCUUUGCAAAAAGGGUACUGGAUUCUAAUUGAUAAUGCAAACCUUUGUAAUCCUUCUAUUUUAGAUAGACUUAACCCUUUGCUUGAACCAAAUGGUUUUUUGAUGGUAAAUGAACAAGGAUUGAUUGAUGGUAAACCAAAAAUAGUAUAUCCACACAAAAAUUUUAGACUUUUUAUGACCGUCGAUCCAAAAAAUGGCGAAUUAUCUCGCGCAAUGAGAAACCGUGGUGUAGAAAUAGCACUUUUAGAGAAUUACAGCUCAUCUAACGUUCAAGAUUUGAUAAAACUUGCCAAUGGAUUUGGACUUUUGUUUCCGCGCUUACAUGAACUUUUUGAAGAUUUUGCAAAAAUUUAUAAGAAUUCCCUGAAAAAAAACAAAAAUCAUCCAAACCUUAGAGAAUACAUCAUGUUUAUUAGAUGCUUAAACGAAAGAAUUCAACGUGGGGAGUCGUUUUUGUCAGCAAUGCAGAAAAUUUUCAGACAUAGCUUUGAAUCUGAAGAAAAUCUAAGUCUAGAUACUAAAUUUUCCGGGUUUCCAGCAGAUUCAUAUUUACUUGAUUUUCCUUUUUUCGCCGGAGGAGACAUGUUCAGGGACGAAUCAGUUUUGGCUAUGAUCAGCACGCAAGGAUCCUACCUUUUGUACCUAUUGCAUAAAAAUAGUUUUGCCAAAGCCGAGUCAGCAACUAAUAUAUCGAGAAAAUUACUCAUAGCUAUUGAUUAUUUCGUUGAAAUGAUGUCUCCGGAAGAUUGCAUUAUUAGGCAACGUUGGCUUGAUUUUGUUUCUUCCGUAUUACAAUCGUAUUUUAUGAUGGAUGGGGAACAAAUUUCUAUAGAAUAUACACAUUUUCUUUUGAGUAGUCUACUAAAACAUCCAUUAGCUCAUCAAAUAUUGGAACAUAGAUCUAAAUUAGUCCAGUCGAUAAAUUUGGAUCUCUCGUGUAUAUCAGAUCAGUCUUUGGAUCUUUCAAAUAAUCCAUAUUUAUAUAAAUUAUUUUCUGGAUUUAAUAUUACAUCAUUUAAAAAUGAUAAUAUUGAGAAAAUUCGUUUAUUAUGGAAUGAAUAUUCGAUGGACAUCAAGACCUUCUCAAUUCUAAAACGGUUGAAACGAUUAGAAUAUUUUGAAAAUUAUUCCUAUAAAAAUGUCUCUCAAUUGAGUGUCAAGAAGAUGACUCAAGCCCAGCAAUCAUAUAGUUACGAUAAAGGACUUUUAUAUGAAAGUCAAUUGAGUCACCACAUCGUUGGAAAUUUUUAUCCUUUGUUGCAUAAAUCGUUACAAUUUGUAAAUGAUUUGAUUGAUUUUCGAAAAUUCUCUGACUUAAACGACUUCGAAAUGAUAAAUAAUCUUCUCGAUCAACGAGAUUUCUUAUGGAAUUCUCUGCAAAAUAAGGUCUUAGUCUUAGGAGAAAUAUAUAUUGGCGUUAAAUUUUUGUCUGAAGCUACAAAGACAUUAUUUAAAAAAUAUUGUGAAAUAGCACAGCCUUUAGUAGAUAUUCUAGAAGUAAUAUUGAAAGAUACGUCCUUGAAUACUGGAAUUUUUAUGGAUUUACUUUGGAAGAAUUUUCAUCACAUCACUUUUAAUAAAAUGGAACUUUUUUUGCUCAAAAAAGAAUUAAAUUCUGUAGCAACGAAAAUUGACCCCUCUAUUCACAAUAAAGAAUCUGAAGAAUUGAAAAAUAUGGUAAUUGACGGUAUCGCAUCAUUAUAUUUUAUUGAUGAAAACUCCCAAAAUCGAACGGAUGAAUUAUUACAUUCCAUACAAAAGAUUCCCGAGUCACCUUCGUUUGUCCAAUCUUGUGAAUUUUCAUGUCCGGAAAUAUUUGAUCCUAUUAAUUGCACCUUGGACUAUUGGAGUAUCAUCAAAGAAAUGCAAAUUAUUAGGCAACUUCAAUCAAUUGUUGCGUUGAAUUUUGAUUUAAAAAAUAGCAUAAUUAUUCAUCAAUUAUCAGCAUGGCGUGAUUGGUCUUUAAAGUACUCAUCAAGAAGUCCUUUGGAUUUUGUCCCACAUCAACAAAUUUUGUGGAAUUAUGGAAUUUUCUCAAAUGCUCCCGUAAAUAAACCCAAAUUUGUGUUGAAUAAUAUGAUUCAAGAUGUCAUAUACGGUUGGCAUAAUAGAUUAUGGAAUAAUAAUUUUAAAAAUAUUCAUAUUGGAGAAGAUUCUAUGGAUUCCGUGAAUGCAGGGAAUUGUCCGGAGUAUACUGAAGGCCCCACAAAACUUUUUCAAAGCUUUUUUAGUGGAUGUUAUUUCAAUUACUCUCGUAGUCUACAAUCAACUUCUUUUGGCAAUUAUGAUGCGUGUUUAACAAGACUAAAGGAAUUCGAAGAACUUUCAGUAAAAGAUGUGACUUCGAAAAUAUGUCGUCGAAAUGCUGAUAUCUCAUGUUUAGUUCUUCAAUUUAGACAGAUAUUGCAUCCGUUUGAAUAUUUAUUCCCUUCUGAUAUUUGGAAUGAAAUAUGUAAAAAAUUUAAUAAUAUUGCUGGUAUCAUAAGCUUUUCAUCAGAAAUUGCUAUUGAUCAAGUAGCAAUUGCCAUCAAAUCACUUAAUUCAUUAUCUAUUGAUUUGAAGCAAGCUAGAGAUGUUUUCUUGCUUUCUAUUUUGGAACGACGAUUCAUUCCAAUAAUUUGUUUUUUGAUACAAAUUCUUGAAAAAUAUAACAAAUGUGCAGAAAAUAAGCAAUUUUCUAUAUUGAUUGGCAAAUCCUGGACCUUCUUAGCCCUUGGAUUUAUUAGCUUGUACAUUCCUAAUUAUCCUCUAGAUCCGGCUGCAGAAACUCACGCUCGAUGUAAACAAUUACUACAUAAACAAUCUGAUCUAGAAACAGAAAUCCAUGUUAGAAGUAAUAUUGAACAGCACAUCACUGGAAAUUCUGACAAUAUCAAGAUUCCAUGUCUCAGGAAAAAUCUUGAGAAUAUUAGAUUACUGUACGAAAAUGAAUCUACAGACUUGGUUAUACGUCCCGAGAAUUCACAAAUUAAUGAUAUCUUUAAGCAUAUUCAUUACAUUUGUGGUAAUGUAAUUGAUGAGAAGCAUGUUACUGCACUCAUGGAAGAUUUGGAAAAAGGUUGCGAUACAUCAGUUCUCCGCCGUGAAGUUUUAUUCCAGGAAAAUGUUUUUCAAUUUAUCCAACGAAUGAAUUCAAACUAUCCUCUUUAUCUUGAUUUGCUUCGACCCAUGUUCAUUGCUCUCUUUCAAUUAAAAUAUGGAAUUAGGCUUAUGUCGUCAGCUUCUCAAUAUUUGAAUUCAGCACUCGAAAUUUCUGUCUAUAACAUUUUUAAAUCUCUGAUGUCAAUGACAAAAAUGGGAUAUCCAAAACGUGAGGUCAAAUUGAUUUCGUCAUCAGAAUCAAUUCGAAAAAUCAAAGGACUCAUAUUUUCUACAUGUUCGACUCACGAAAAAUGGGAUAUAUAUUUGAAAUAUAUGAUUACUGUCAUUAAAUGUAUAUAUCACCAUAUAGCAAAACGAGGUCACUUAAUUUUUGAAGAUUUGGAAACUAUUGAUAUAAUUUUUAAUGAAAUUGCUGAUAUUUAUUCCGCCGCAGAAGAACAUAAAAAGAAUCUUGCUCAAGAAGAUGAAAGUUUGUACAAAAAUAAGACUAAAACGCACGUUACUAUUACCGACGAGCAGCAUAUUGAUAAUCGCUUUCAAUUAAUGAGUCAGAAUUUUUGGUCUUUAUUUACUAUGGCUAGAAAAUUGACAUCAUUAUGUGGUAAAUUAUAUCCGGAAGAAUUUGAUGAAACAUUUACAACAAUUCAAUUGCUUUGCACUUCUAUGUUAAAAAAUUGGCUUGAACAAGGGGCUGAAUUGGAAGGUAGCAGUGUUGCGUCCUUUAAAAAUGAUGGAAUAUAUGACUUUUAUAAAGACGAAAACAUUAUAGAAGCAAGGAAAAUAAGCAGCGUCGUUGCAAACUUUAAAAGACGUAUAAAAGAAUUGCUUAAAUUGUGGCCCGAACAUGCGGUUUUGCACCAGCUCUGUAAUAUUUGUGAUAGAAUUAAUGGAUUUAAAUUAAAUUCUCCAAUUGCAAAAUUACUCACUGGAUUAGAAAUUUUAUUACAAAAAUCCGAAGAUUGGGAAUCUUAUGCAAGCAGAGAUGUUUCUUUAAAAUCAAAUCAGGAAGAAAUAACAGAUCUUAUCAUUAAAUGGAGAAAGCUUGAAUUAGAAUGUUGGCCAAAACUAUUGAAAGCUCAAGACAAAUAUUAUGAACAAUUUGCUCAUAAGUGGUGGUUUCAUCUCUAUGAAUGCAUAAUUCGUCCUAUACAUAAAUUCAUCCAUCAGUCCUCUAACAACAAAGACAUAACGCUAUUAUACGAAAACCAUAUAACUGAGAUCGUUAAAAUUCUUGAUCAAUUUAUUCAAUCAUCAAAUUUUGGAGAAUUUGAAUCUAGACUUGAGUUAAUCCACACUUUCUAUUUACAUCUUUCCGCUAAAUAUCAUUUUAAUAAAAUGAAUACACAAGGGUCACUUUACAAUCAUGCAGCUGAUGCACUUUGGAAUGUCUAUAAAUACUAUUCCCAAUUCCUUGAUGAGAUGCGUAAUACUUUGGUUAAUCAAUAUAAACCUAUUGAAAAGGAACUUUAUCAAUUUGUGAAGAUUGCAAGUUGGAAAGAUACGAAUAUUUAUGCACUCAAACAAAGCGCACAGAAAACUCAUCGACAUCUAUCCAAAUGCAUUCGAAAAUAUAAAGAUAUUCUUAACAGACCUAUUUCUUUCGUUAUCACAGAGUAUCAAGAUCAUUUAACUAUACAAUCCAAAGAAAAAGUAAGGGACAAUCACGUAAACAAUGAAUUAUUGCAUUUGCCAGAGAAAUGGCUUGUUGAUAUAUUGCCAAUAGACUUCUCAGAAAGAACUUUCGAAUUAAUGAGCAAACAAAUCUUGACUGUGCCCGAUCGAUUCAUAAAUAUAAAUAAAACUCUGCAAAAAUUUAAAUCAUAUUGUCUUAAGGAUAUCUUUAAUAACAAUACGAUAUUUAAUUCACAUUUAGAUGAUUUUGCGUCGGAAAUUAUAUUAAGGAUAAAGACUUUCCAAGAUGAAACAGUUCCUUUUAUGAAUGAAGAAAAUAAGAGUUUUGUCAAAAAUAUGAAAUUGGUAAAGAAAAAAUCUUUAGUUGAUCUAUUGAAAGAAUUGAAACGACUUGGAUUGCACACAUUUCCCAACAAAAAAUUGGUCGAAAACCAACAAAAUCUUGGUGGAUAUUUACUAAAGCUUCCAAGAAUACAAAUUGAACUUACUUUAUUCAAAGGCCAGCUAUUGACAGAAAUAGGUUUCUUUUCAAUAUAUGAAAAGGCUGAUAAUUAUUAUUUUCGAAUUAUAGCUCGAAUUAAUAAUCUUCGUCAUGCAUCAGCCAACUAUUCCAAAGAUUUGUCUUCGCAAGAAGUAUGUAAAGCACUUGGUUUUACUGAAGAUCUUUUAUCUUUGCUCAUACAAGAACGUCAAUAUUUUAUAGAAUUCGAAAAACAUUAUGAAGGACUUUCCGGAGUCGUAAUUCAAUUAGACACUAUAUAUUCAGCGUAUAAAUCAUUUUCUGAUAAUAAAUCUCGCAAUGUGGUGUUGCUUAAUUCUCUCUAUGAGAAUCGGUUAAAAAUAGUGAAAGAAAUGUUCGAUGAUAUAUUAUGUAUGUUAAUACAUUCAUCCGCGAUAUUUGACAUACAAAAACAAUUUUCACAGCAAAAUACUGAAAACAUUGUUCAGGAUAUUCAAAAUUGGUUGAAUACAAUUUCUUCAGCAAGACAAGAAAUCAUUAGAAUAUUUGACCGUACAAUAUUGAUGUCAAAAUAUACUAUUGGCAAGAAAGCUUUCUUAACAACUGAUGCCAUUGACACACUGGAAAACAGCGUAAAUACAUUAAAUGAAUUUCUUGAAAAUUUAAACCAUGUUUGCGCUCUACUUCCCAGUUUCGCGCAUAUUUUCUCUCCUAUAUGCGAUUAUAUUAAUUCUAGAAUAGGAAAUCUCGAAUCUUUAAACAUUAACAAUAACACAACAAAUUUAGAUGAUAGCACAAUGAUGAUUUUAGGACAAUUACUCCAUAAAGUUAACGAUUUACUCGAUGAUCUUUUGGUCGUCGUUCAGAAUCUGAAAAAAUCUUUGCAAGAAAACGGGACGGCCGAAGUAAGCGAAAUUGAUCAAAGUGGCAGCCCUUCCUCUAUGUGUGAUAACAAUAUACGUCUCGAACACGAAUUUAUUUUAAACAUAGGAAAGAAACUGCAAGUAAAGUCAAUCAUCGACCGCUUUAAUCAAAUUCAUUCUCUGGUUAGAUUUUGCAUACCAGAGAUGAAAGAGAAUGGAGAGAAUGGAGAAAAUGGAGAGAACUUGGAGAAUCUUCAGGGUACAGGAAUUGGUGAAGGCGAAGGUUUUAAAGAUGUGAAACAAAUCGGACAAUUUAAUGACAAUGAAUCUGACGUGGUUGAUGAAAAAAUGUGGGGAGAUGAUUCAUCUGACAAAGAAGAUACUGAAAAAUCAUCUAAUAAGCAGGAGUCUAGUUCAAAAUCUGAGAUUGUUGCUAAAGAUGAUUCAAAUGAAAAUCUAGAUGAUAAAGCACAAAAACCGCAAACACCUAAACAAGGUGAACAAGACGUACAAGACGAACAAGAUGAAAUCCAUAAAAAUGAGACAGAAGAAUCCUUAGAACAAUUAGAUGAACAUAAUGAACAACAAGAUAAUUUCAAUGUGGAUAUUCCACAAGCCGAAACUUUGGAACUUCCUGAUGAUAUGGAGAUCGAUGAUAUUGAAGAUAAUGAUAUGGGUGAUGGAGAUGAUGACCUUCCUUCCAACAUGGACUUAGAUAAUUUGGAUCAAGAAAUUGAACAAGAGGAAUCACAAGAUGAUACUACAACAGGCCAAGAUGAUUUAAAUUCUUUUAAUGAAUUGAUGGAGACUGACGAGUUAAACGAAGAUUCAGAUUCAAUUAAUAACACUUUUCCUGAUAAUGAACAGAAAGAAGAACAAAUAUCGGUAGAUAAUGUUGAUGAAUCGAUAGAACAACAUGGAAGUCAACAAAAUUCUUACGACCAGAAGGAUUCAGAUUCAAUUAAUAACACUUGUCCUGAUAAUGAACAGAAAGAAGAACAAAUUUCGAUAAAUAAUGACGCCAAUCCUCGCCGUAGUCUUGGGGAUGCACUUGAAAAAUGGCGACGUCGACUUGAAAUUGUAAAUGAACAUGAUAAUACAGACCCAGAAAUAUCACAAGCCAAAGAAAAGCAAGAAAUUAAUAUUCAAGAUUACGACAAUGAUAAGCAAACAUUUGAAUACACAAAAAAUGAUGAUAUGGAACAUGAUCUUCAAAUAAUGGAAGGAGCAAAUGAUGAACAAUCAAGGAACUUUUGUGAUAUUGAUAAUGGAGACGAUCACAAUUACGAAUUUAAUCAUAUGCCUGAAGAAAUAGACGAGAAUAUUAUCGAUCGUCAAGAGGAUGAACCGAUGUAUAUUGAAAAUUUUCAUGAUUCUGAAGAUCAAAAAGAUGGAAAGGAUGGAAAGGACGGUAGAGAACUUUGGCAAAAAUAUGAAAAUUUAACUUAUGAUUUGGCCAAUGGACUCUGUGAACAAUUACGACUUAUUCUUGAACCAACACUUGCUACAAGACUAAAAGGUGACUAUCGUACAGGAAAAAGACUUAAUAUGAAGAAGAUAAUACCGUAUAUUGCCAGCGAUUUCAGAAAAGAUAAAAUUUGGCUUCGCCGUACCAGACCAAGUAAAAGACAAUAUCAAGUAAUGAUUGCCGUCGAUGAUUCUAAAUCCAUGUGCCAAACAGAUUCAAUCCAACUUGCAUAUGAAACAUUGGCAUUAAUAUCCAAAGCAUUAUCACAACUUGAAGUAGGUGAUAUUUCUAUUGUUAGCUUUGGAGAGAAAGUUCAGAUACUUCACCCAUUCGACCAGCCAUUCAGUAGUGAAGCAGGAGCUCAAGUGUUGCAACAAUUUACAUUUGAACAAAACAAGACUUACGUACGAAAUUUGAUGGAAACAUCAAUUGCAUUAUUGGAACAUGCUAGAACCAAUUAUAGUAGUCGUUCACAGCAAAAGGAACUUUGGCAACUUCAGUUAAUUAUUUCAGAUGGUGUCUGCGAAGAUCAUGAAAGCCUCAAAGUACUUGUUAGAAAAGCAGUUGAAGCACAAAUUAUGGUCGUCUUCAUAGUUGUUGAUAACAAGUCUGAAAAAGAUUCUAUAAUGUCAAUGAAUCAAGUAAAAUAUAAAUCUGUUGAUGGAAUAAUGACUUUAGAAAUGGUACAAUAUUUAGAAUCUUUUCCGUUUGAUUAUUAUGUAAUAUUGAAAGAUAUUAAUGCAUUAUCAGAAACCUUGGCGGAUGUAUUAAGGCAAUAUUUCAGUAUUAUUAGUCAGAAUGACUUUUAA